AUGACUACCCCAAGUCAAAGAUUCUACUACCUGGCCGGCCAGGGUGUCCGCCACUCCAUUGCCCCCACCGUCCACCAGACCGUGGCCGACGCCCUCGGCCUUCCCUGGACUUUCAAGCUCCUCGACAUCCCCUCUGUCGAAGAGCUCAUGUCCGUCUUCCGCCAACCCGACUUCGCCGCCGGCGUCGUCACAAUGCCCUACAAGAAGACCAUAAUGCCGCACCUCGACCGUCUCGACGAGCUCUGCACGACACUUGGCUCAUGCAACAACGUCUACAUCGACGGCGACGGCAAGCUCGUGGGCUCAAACACCGACUGGAUCGGCAUCCUCGAGUGUCUGCGCACGGCAUCGGAGAAGGGCGUGGGUAAGCCCGCAAUGGUGAUUGGUGCCGGCGGAGCGAGUAGGGCGGCCGUGUAUGCGCUGUUUGCGCAUCUCAAGUGUGCGACAAUCUAUGUCAUCAACCGCGACGACCAGGAAGUCGCCGACCUACAGAGCGACGCGCAGGCAUACGGUGAGGCUGGGCCAACAAUUGUGCAUGUAAAGUCACUGUCGCAGAUUGAGUCAAUCGCGGCGGAAGAGCUGCCAGCGUAUGUGGUGGGCACAGUGCCUGAUUUCGAGCCACAGACGGAGAGCGAGAUCGAGGCGUCGAAGAUUGUUAAAUAUGUAUUUGAGAAGACGCCAGAGGAGGGGAGGGGCGUGUUUUUGGAUAUGUGCUUUAAUCCCAGGAAGACAAGGCUGUUGAAGGCAGCCGGGGAACAGGGGUGGAAGACGGUGGAGGGGAUCAAUAUCAUUGGGUGGCAGUUGGAGAGGCAGUACACGCUGUGGGCGGGCGCGGAGGCGGCGAAGAAUAUUCCGUACGAUAAGGCGUGGGAGGCGCUGAGGAAGGCCGCGGACGCGAGUACGAUUAUCAAUAAAUAG